AUGGCCUCUAAUAAGGAUUAUCAGUAUCAGACAUUUUUAGAUAAUGAGCGAAUAUACACCUGCUCUAAAUGCCACACACAUCUUGCCGAGCACAAAGAACUCAUUUCUAAAGCAUUCCAAGGCCGACUUGGACGUGCAUACUUAUUUAAUGCUGUUGAGAAUGUUUGUCUUGGACAAAAAGAAGAUCGUACACUUAUUACUGGAGUACAUACUGUUAAAGAUAUAAGUUGUAUUGGGUGUAAAACUGUUAUUGGAUGGAAAUAUGUCCAUGCUUUUCAGGAAGAUCAAAAGUAUAAAGAAAAUAAAUAUAUUGUUGAAAAAGCAAUGAUUCUGAAAGAAAAUAAUUGGGAUGAAUUAUGA